AGAAGAUGGAAGCAGAAGCACAAGCAAGUAUUGUUAUCAUCCUACAAUCGAAGAAAGAAAAUAAGUUGGUAUAUAAAGAGGAACAACUGAAGUUUACUGGCAUACUAUUAUAAAAAUGCAGUGUGUUAAAGAAGAGUUUAAAGAGGAGUGUGAAGACAUCAGUAUUACAGAAUCAUGCAGAAUUAAACAUGAAGAUACUGAAGAACAAAGAGACUUGACACAAGUGAAAGAAGAAAGUCAAGAACAGAAUGAUGUGGAGGAGAAAUAUCAGUAUCAUACAUGUGAUAAAAUGACUGGUGAAGAUGUUAGUGGCUCAAAGACUGAAAAUAAUUUCUCACAGAAAAGAACCCCAGUAACAAGAGCCAAAAAAUCUUUCACCUGCUCUCACUGUGGAAAGAGUUUCACUCAAAAAGGAAACUUUAAAACUCACGUAAGAAUUCACACUGGAGAAAAGCCUUUCACCUGCUCUCACUGUGGAAAGAGUUUCUCAUCGACAUCAAGCCUUCAGAGUCACCUGCGCAUUCACUCUGGAGAGAAGCCUUUCACAUGCCUUCAAUGUGGAAAGAGUUUCAUACAUAAAAGACAGCAUUAUAUUCACAUGAAAAUCCACACUGGAGAGAAACCUUUUGCAUGCUCUCAAUGUGGAAAGAGUUUUGUACAAAAAGCAGAUCUUCAGCGUCACAUGAAAAUCCACACUGGAGAGAAGCCUUUUACGUGUCUUCAGUGUGGAAAGAGUUUUGUACAAAAAGCAGAUCUUCAGCGUCACAUGAGAAUUCACACUGGAAAGAAGCCUUUCGCCUGCUCUCAGUGUGGAAAGAGUUUCACACAAGCAGGGAAUCUCAAACGUCAUCUGCAAAAUCAUUCUGGAUUAAAGCCAUUUAACUGUGAUCAGUGUGGCAUGAAAUUUAUGCUGGUAUCACAUUUAAAGGUACAUCUGAGAACUCAUACAAAUGAGAAGCCUCACGUGUGCUCUUUUUGUGGAAAAAGUUUUAUUACUUCAUCAAACAUGAAAGCACAUGUGAGAGUUCAUACUGGAGAGAAGCCAUUCAAAUGCACUUCAUGUGGGAGGAGUUUCAGCCAAUCACGUAGUCUGAAGAUUCAUUUUAAAAAGUGUUGUCCAAAACUGUCAUAGUGAGAUAACACUUCAGACAGUGAACUAGAUCUGGUGGCUGUUAUUUGUAAGUCAUAAAAACCCCCCAGAAAGGUUAGGGACAGAAAAAUGUAGAAACGCAUAUUUAUUAAUAUAAAUUAUCAAUUUUUUUAUAACUGGUAUCUACUAGAUUUUAUGUUGUAAAUAUUUAAAUGACAAUAUUAAAUUGGGAUUCACUUUAUUAUUUCUUUGCUACAAGUUGAUAGAAAUCAAUAAAUUUAAUUUGAUCUCAUUUUACAACUAGUGUGGGCGUCAGGUCUACUAUAAAUGUUGAAUUAGGCUUCUACUAGUACUGUAAGACUUAAUAGUUUUAUGAACUUAAGUAACAUUGAUUUAAGAAUGCUUUUUGUCAAGAACACUCAUUACUAAACUGAUGCAGCCCCCUUCGCUAUUGCGGAUGAAGACUGCUUUGUAAUGUUUGUUCAUAGUCAUUAAAACUUAAAACAACUUUUCUUCAUGUUGACUUGUGGAAUUGGCACUCAGCUGAGAAUACCUUUGAGUUCACAGUGACUAAUAGAAACGGUUUAACAUACCUGGUUUUCUCCUGGAUAAUACAGCAGCUUAUGUGGUCAUGUAAACGGAUUAAUAGUGUUAUUACAGGUUUUGAGGAGUGUGCAUGUCUAUACGAGAUAUCAAACAUCACAGGAUGGAGUCCACCAACAAUUCAACAGCGGAAACAAUGAAACAUUUCUGGGAGUACAAUGGGAAAAGCACAUAAGACUAUAAACUACAACGAUGUAUGUACAUGAUGUAAAAUAUUGACUGUCCCUUACAUUCGCACAAGUGCACUUGUACAUUGUGGGAAUCCCAGAGUUUUAUGGAAGGGGGAAACCGCACUAUUGCAGUGCAUUUCUGCUGCAUUUCGCUAUGGAGAGUUAAGAAAACAAACACAGCAAUAACUCUGGAAUAUCUGUAAAUAAAGCCAAGCAACUGAGAAUAAAAUAGUGAAGUAUUUCUUGGAUACCAUGUUAGUAUUUACACAAGCAUCACAGGAAAAUUAUGUUGUUGUGUAGAAAGCCCCUUACUGACGA